AUGGGGACCAUCGGCAAGUCGUCCUACAAAUGGACGACCUUCUUUGGUCUACUGGCGGCACUUAGCUGCAUGAUCCAGCCCGCAGUCAUGGUUAAGGAAAAUGACUUCAAGAAGUGCCACCAGUCCGGCUUCUGCAAGCGCAAUCGCGAGUAUGCCGACAACGCCGUCUCCCAGUCCUCGACCUGGGCUGCCCCCUACAACAUUCUCCCCGACUCUGCCACCCUCAAGGAUGGCCAACUUCAGGCUGUCAUCCUCAAGACCAUCAACGAUGCCCAGGAAACCGUCCGCCUCCCCAUCACCGUCUCCUUCCUCGAAUCCGGCACCGCUCGCGUAACUGUCGAUGAAGAGAAGCGCCAAAAAGGAGAAAUCGAGCUGAGAAACAACAGCCCUGCCCGCAAGGAGCGCUACAACGAGGCCGAGAAGCAUGUCAUCGUCGGUGGCCUGAACCUCGACAAGGAGGCCAAGGUCGCCUACCAGGACAAGGACCAGAUUACCAUUCAGUACGGCCCCUCCUCAAAGUUUGAGGCUGUCGUCAAGUUUUCGCCCUUCAGCGUCGACUUCAAGCGCGAUGGCUCUUCCCACAUCAAGCUCAACGACCGCGGUCUGCUCAACAUGGAGCACUGGCGCCCCAAGGUCGACCAGCCUGCUGAGGAGAAGAAGGAAGGCGACGAGAACGCCGAGGUCACUGAGAAGGUCGAAUCCGUCGAAGUCAAAAAGGAGGACGAGAGCACCUGGUGGGACGAGACUUUCGGCGGCAACACUGACUCCAAGCCCCGUGGCCCCGAGAGUGUCGCCCUUGACAUCUCAUUCGUCGGAUACGAGCACGUUUUCGGUAUCCCUGAGCACGCUGGUCCCCUGUCCCUCAAGGAGACCCGUGGCGGUGAUGGCAAGUACUCUGAGCCCUACAGACUCUACAACUCCGAUGUCUUCGAAUACGUUCUCGACAGCCCCAUGACCCUCUACGGAGCAAUUCCUCUCAUGCAGGCGCACCGCAAGGACUCCACUGUCGGUGUCUUCUGGCUCAACGGCGCCGAGACCUGGAUCGAUAUCACCAAGGAGAAGAGCUCAUCCAACCCCUUGGCUCUUGGUGUUGGCUCCAAGACCAACACAAAGACCCACUGGAUCUCGGAGGCCGGCAUCCUCGACGUUUUCGUCUUCCUGGGCCCGACCCCCAAGGACAUUUCCAAGACCUAUGGCGAGCUCACCGGCACCACCGCCAUGCCCCAGGAAUUCUCUCUUGGCUACCACCAGUGCCGUUGGAACUACAUCUCUGAUGAUGAUGUCAAGGACGUUGACCGCAAGUUUGAUAAGUUCAAGAUUCCGUACGACGUCAUUUGGCUCGAUAUUGAGUACACCGAUGGCAAGAAGUACUUCACCUGGGACGCCGACAUGUUCAAGGACCCCAUCGGCAUGGGCAAGGCUCUCGACGAGCACGGGAGAAACCUCGUGGUCAUCAUCGAUCCCCAUAUUAAGAACGAGGGGAAGUACGACAUCACCGAGCAAAUGAACGCCAAGGGCCUGGCCGUCUUGAACAAGGAGGGCAAGCCUUUCGAAGGUUGGUGCUGGCCUGGUUCAUCUCACUGGGUCGAUUGUUUCAACCCCAAGGCCGUCGAGUGGUGGACUGGUCUCUUCGACUACGCCGCUUUCAAGGGCACCAUGGAGAACACCUUUAUUUGGAACGACAUGAACGAGCCCUCUGUGUUUAAUGGACCCGAGGUCACCAUGCCCAAGGACAACAUUCACCACGGAAACUGGGAGCACCGUGAUGUGCACAACAUCAACGGCAUGACCUUCCACAACGCCACCUUCGAGGCUCUCCUCACUCGCAAGAAGGGCGAGCUCCGCAGACCUUUCGUCCUUACCCGUUCCUUCUAUGCUGGCUCUCAACGUCUCGGUGCCGUGUGGACCGGAGACAACCAGGCCUCGUGGGAGCACCUUGGCGCUGCCGUUCCCAUGAUUCUUAACCAGGGCAUUUCCGGAUUCCCCUUUGCUGGCGCCGACGUUGGAGGCUUCUUCGGUAACCCCGAGCCUGAGCUGAUGGCACGCUGGUACCAGGGCGGGGCUUUCUACCCCUUCUUCCGUGGUCACGCUCACAUUGAUGCCCGUCGCCGCGAGCCCUACAUGCUUGCGGAACCGUUCAGAGGUAUCCUCACCGCCGCCAUCCGCCUUCGCUACAGCUUGAUGCCUUCAUGGUACACUGCCUUCUUCCACGCUCAUCGCGACGGCAGCCCGAUUGUUCGCCCCAUGUUCUGGACUCACCCCACGGAGGAGUCUGGGUUCGCCAUUGAUGAUCAGCUGUUCGUCGGAUCGACUGGUCUCCUCCAUAAGCCCGUUGUCGAGAAGGACAAGGAGUCUGUCGAUAUCUAUAUCCCCGAUGACGAAGUGUACUACGACUACUUCACCUACGAGAAGCUCGCAACCAAGAAGGGCCAGUACCUCACCAGGAACGUUGCUCUCGACCAGGUCGCGCUCCUGAUGCGUGGUGGCCACAUCUUCCCGCGCCGUGACCGCCCCCGCCGUUCGGCCAAGCUCAUGCGCUUCGACGACUACACCCUGGUCAUCAGUGUUGGCAACGAUGGCCAGGCCGAGGGUGAGCUGUACGUCGAUGAUGGAGACUCCUUUGACUUUGAGAAGGGUCAGUACAUCUACCGCAAGUUCAAGCUUGACGGCAAGACCAUUGCAUCCUCCGAUGCUGAGGGCCGUGACUCGAAGUCUGUCAAGGCGGGCUCUUGGCUCAAGGCCAUGAAGGAGGUCUAUGUCGACAAGAUCAUCGUUGUCGGCGCUACCAACCAGCUCAACAAGAAGGAAGUCACCGUCACGUCAGAGGGCAAGAGCUGGACUGUCCCUGUUCAGUACCAUGCUGCCGAGAAGGGUCGCGCCGCCUACGCUGUUGUAGGCAGAGUUGCUGCCCGUGUUGGAGAGGACUUCAGCAUCGCGUUGGCUUAG